AAAAAGACAGCAGCCUCCUGUAGUCGCAGAGCUAGCCGCUCCCAUGUGUGUGCUGUCACAAGCGUGAAGAGUCCGCGAAACCAAUCUGAGGUUACGUUUUGUUUUGUCCCCUUUCUGAAGACCACGGUAGCGUAAAACUGAACGACAGGGACCGACACGGCCAUGGCGACAUCCAGCUCCUGUGUUGUGAUCAGUGAUGAGGAGCAGGGGUAUGACCUGGACCUCUUCUGCAUACCAAAGCACUAUGCCUCAGACCUGGAGAGGGUCUACAUCCCACAUGGACUCAUCUUGGACAGGACAGAGAGACUGGCCAGAGAGAUAAUGAAGGAAAUGGGGGGGCACCACAUUGUGGCGCUCUGUGUGCUUAAAGGGGGUUACAAGUUCUUUGCAGACCUGCUGGACUACAUCAAGGCCCUGAACAGGAACAGUGACCGCUCCAUCCCAAUGACCGUGGACUUCAUUCGCCUCAAGAGCUACUGUAACGACCAGUCGACAGGUGAAAUCAAAGUAAUCGGUGGGGAUGACCUGUGUACGUUGACAGGCAAGAAUGUCUUGAUUGUGGAGGAUAUUAUCGACACAGGGAAGACAAUGAAGACAUUAUUGCAACUCCUCAAACAGUACAACCCCCAAAUGGUUAAAGUAGCAAGUUUGUUGGUGAAGAGAACACCAAGAAGUGUUGGCUACCGACCAGACUUUGUAGGAUUCGAGGUCCCUGACAAAUUUGUGGUGGGAUACGCACUAGACUACAACGAGUACUUUAGAGAUCUAAAUCAUAUCUGCGUCAUUAGUGAAACGGGGAAGGAGAAGUACAAGGCAUGAAGAGUACUUUGAUUUUUAAUGUACGGUUAGAUCUUUCCCUUUAAGGUUAAUUUUAUAUGUUAUUACUUUGUAUUUGUGUCAUAAACGUACUCAGACUGGUCAGGGUCCCUGAGGAUACACUGAUGGAGUGAUGGUACUGACAGUUGCAUUGCCUGUUUUAGACACCACACACACACAAUGGAAAAAAAUUAUUGUCUUAGAUGGAAACACAGCUGGCUUAAACAGCACGGAUAUUAGUAUGAUGCUUCUUUGCCCCCACACUGAUUCAUUAUUUUUUUAAGCAAUGGAAUAAAUUAUUAAGCUCGACAUUUGACAACCUCAUAUUUAAUGAUAUAAUGAUUUUUAUUGUAAUUUUACUUUUGUCUGGAACUAUCAAAAGCUGUUUUAUGGAUACUCUUAAAGAGGAUGUCACAUUUCCUUGAAAUCUGUAUAUUUUGGGACAAAACCCUUUUCUAUGUUACUGUGUUGCGUGUGUGAUAAGAUUUUCUUAUGAUACACUCUGUAGAAAAGUAACACAAAUGUUUGCUGCUGUCCCUAAUUAAACACACAGGUGUGCUGAAGAUGAAA